AUGACAGCUACAUCAAAACCACAAGGCACUAAAUCUAUAAAAUACGUAACUACUCAGUCAUUCGUUGAAUCGUCCUUUUUUACUAGGUUGUCACAAUUGAAAUUGGAUCAAUUCAAGCUAGAUUCCUCGCGUGUUGCCGUCAAAGGAUUCAUUACCAAUCCUACAAAAUUGAACAAAUUUAAUGAUGUUCCUAUACUAAAUUUUGAUCAAGAUAGUUUUGAAUCAACUAAAGAUAGUCUGAAGGUCUAUAUAUCUGGUGAACUUUUGAAUGUAAAUACAAUUGAAGAGUUCAAAUCUUUAGACAAACCCGGCUUACUAAAUUCGUGGGGUCAAGAAAUGUAUCAAGAUAUAAUCCAUUCAGAAGUGUUGGAUUACAGGAAGUUUAAUAAAUUUCAUAUGUUAAGUUUUUCUGAUUUGAAGAAGUACAAAUUUUAUUAUUGGCUUGCUUAUCCGAUUUUGAGCAAUACUUGGUCACUUAACAACGCCGAGCUAGAAGUUGAUCCUGGGGUGAUUCGACUAAUUGAAUCAGAUUUGGAAAAUGGAUUUCACCAGUUUUAUCAAUUAUAUGAUGGGAAGUUGCACAAGAGAAUCGAUAUUGAUAAAGAUCACACGUUUGUUUUUAUUGAUUUGUGUUUGAAUAGAGAAAAGAGAUCUUCCAAUCAGGUUAAAAAUUACUUGUAUUAUCUUGCUUAUAAAGGAGUGAAGGAAAUAAGUCUAAUCACUUACCGUCGUAAUGGAACGUCAGUAAAAGAAUCAUUAUCUUUAGAUUCAUAUUCCGAUCCUCCAAAGUUUUCUGGGUGGGAACGAACAAGCCAAGGUAAGUUAAGUCCGAAACUUGCAGAUUUGGGCUCUUUAAUUGAUCCAAUGCAACUAGCAGAGCAAGCAGUAGAAUUGAAUUUGAAAUUAAUGAAAUGGAGGAUUGCUCCAGAUAUUGAUCUCGAUAUUAUCAAAGAACAAAGAGUUUUGCUUCUUGGUGCUGGGACGUUGGGAAGUUAUGUUGCUCGAGCAUUAAUGGGAUGGGGUGUUCGUAGAAUAACAUUCGUUGACAAUGGACGAAUUUCUUACUCAAAUCCGGUGCGACAACCGUUAUUCAAUUUUGAGGAUUGUUUCAGUGAUAACGGACAGGGUGAGAUUAAGGCUCUUAAGGCUGCCGAAAACAUGAAAAAGAUAUUUCCUGGUGUUGAUACAGUGGGCUACAAUCUUGAAGUCCCCAUGAUUGGACAUCCAGUAACAGAUGAACCAAAACAAAAACAAAAUUAUGAAACCUUGUGUAAACUCUUUGACGAGAACGAUGUGGUAUUCUUGUUGAUGGACUCACGAGAAUCAAGAUGGUUACCUACCCUAUUAGGAGCAGUUAAGGAUAAAAUCGUGAUCAAUGCUGCGUUGGGGUUUGACAGCUUUCUUGUGAUGAGACACGGAAGUCUUAAACAACUGGAACGACUUGGUUGUUAUUAUUGUAAUGAUGUUGUGGCACCUAAUGAUAGCUUAUCUGAUCGUACAUUAGAUCAAAUGUGUACUGUGACAAGACCAGGUGGCGCAUUAAUGGCAUCUUCGUUGGCAGUUGAGUUGCUAGUUUCAAUUUUACAACAUCCGGAGAAGAAUAUUGCUCCACAUGAGUCCCAAACAAAAUUUGGUAAAGUACCACAUCAAAUUAGAGGGUUUUUACACAAUUUUGAACAAACUAAAUUGUAUGCACCGAAUUAUUCACAUUGUUCUGCGUGUUCAACAGCAGUAAUUGAUGCUUACAAAGAAGGGGGGUGGCUGUUUGUCAAACAAUGUUUAGACAGUUCUCAAUAUUUAGAGGAUAUAUGUGGUUUGACGAAAGUACAAGAAGAAGCCGAAUUGGCAACCAAACAGUUGAUUGAAGAUAUGUCUCUUGAAGAUGACGAGGAUGCGGAGUGGCUAGAUUAA